AUGACAGAUUAUCUGCUUGAUCCUAACAUUAGAUAUCAAUUUGGGUGGGCUGCUCUUGCUAUGAUCUUUUCAGUUUCUUUUGUCAAUAUAUUUUGCAUCAUCAUCGAAAAUAUGCCAAAGUUGAAGCAAAUUAUUGAUAAAUUAUGGGUGUUAUGUAAAAGGAAAAAAAGGAAAACUUUGAAAAUUAAAAUAAUGUAGAAUUCUGGAAAGUAAACAACUGAUUUCUUCAACAAAUAAAAUGAGGAAACAAUAAGUGAUGAAAUUUAAACUUCAAAGUAAAAGCUGCAAAGUUAAGACAAUUCUCAGAAAUAAUUAAGUCUUAAAUUGAAACUGUAAUAUGGUUAAAAUUCAGAGACACAAUUAUAACCUAUUGAAGAGUUAUUUGCAGAUGACAUUACAGAAUCAAACUUUGGUUUUUCUGAUAUAGAGAAUUCUCAGAAUGAUAACAAUGAAGCAUAUGAUUAUAUGGAUUUUAAGGUUAAUGUUAUUCAAAACGUCUAAAUAGAAACGGAAAAUACAUUAGAACCUAAAAAAUUAAUACUAUUUUGCAAUGAUAUAAAUGCUUGA